GUAUGUAAAAAUGUAAGCACGAAUUCAUCCUCAGCACGUGGUGAGACUUUGCCAUCCGCGAAUAUCAAACUCGCUCAGAUUUCCAUGUGUUGGAUUUUUCAGUUUCAUCUCUAUUUUUAAGAAAUAAUGUUGCUACUAAAUUUCUACAAUUAAAUAGUGCAUAAUUAUCGAAUUUUUGUGAUACCAAGAUUUUCAAGAACAUUUAGUGAAAGUGUCAACAUGAAAGUUCAGGAGCUCAAGAUGAUCUCCCACGAUAACAGCCACCUAAAGAAGAACAAGUCAGACACGGUCCAGAAGAAACGGUCGGAUCCUGAGAGAAUUGUUGUUCAAAGGAAAACUCGUUCUAAUUUUAUACCCAAAAUUGAUCCUGAACUUUUAAAUUUAACGAGCAGCAGCAGCAGCAGGAAAUUAUCGUCUCGUUCCACUUCCGCCUUGUACUCGUCCCCCUCUUGCAAACUGUCCCUGCUCGACAACCCCACGUCCGACCCCACCCCGCUCCUCGGUCGCAGAAGGGUCGCCGCCGCCAAGAAAAAGGCCCGCGCCGCGACGAAAGGGCCGCUCUGGUUCGGCAUGAAGGCCCCCGAAAUGACGGAGGAGAGGAAGAACGACCUGGCGGCGAUGAAGCUGCGGGGGGCGCUGGACACGAAGUCCUUCUACAAACGCAACUCCUCCCUCGCCGCCCACCCCAAACACUUCCAAAUCGGAAAAAUCGUCGAGACCAAGGCCGACUUUUACAACUCGAGACUCACAAAGAAACAGAGGAAGGCAACCAUUGCGGAAGAGUUUAUGGCAGAGCUGAACGGUUAGGUUUAAUUUGGAGGGGAAUUAACUGGUUGAUUAAUUAAUUGAUUAAUUAUUUAAUAAUUAAAUUUGAGGUUGGUUAACUACUGCUGGAUUAAGGGUUCAGGUCAUUGAAAUUCGUGUAGAAGUGAAACACUACAUUUUAUUUAGGUCUAUAUAUCAAUGUAAAUACAGAUUGCGACGUGUUAAUUUUUAAUGAUAUCAAGCAUUAAAUUAAUUAUAACAAUCAUUAAUUAGUUGCAAAUUGUAUUUUAUUAACAAUUUUUAUGCAAUGUUUUGUAAAUAAAUAACUGUUACAUUCUUUGGUCUCACAA